GACCAUCAUCACAUAACCAGGUGUCAACACACAUACACACUUUUACAACCAUUACCCAACUUUUCUACUAAAACAUGUAAUCACCGUUUCAUACUUAUACGGCGGCACAAUCUAAAAAAGCAAUAAAAAUCCAUUCUUUAAAUUCAAAACCCUAAAGUGAAAGAUACAAGUAAAAAUUUCAACUUUUUUUUUAUUUCUUCAUAAAAAUCUGAACUUUUUCUUGCAAGAUCCACCUACAUUACAAGAUCAACAAAACCCAUAAUUUAAUUUUGGUGGGGUUUGUUUUUUAAGUAUGGAUUCACGUGAAUCUUUAGCCCAACAACCGCCGUCGACAUCGCCGGCGGUGCUCCAACGCCACCACCAGCUGCCGCCUGGGAUGAUGAUGCCACCACAUACAUACUCAAACCACCACCAUCACUUACAAGGAGGAGCUAUGGUGAAUAGUAGUAGCAAUAAUAAUAAUAAUAAUAAUAGUACAGUGAGUCAUCAAGAUUCAUUGCAACAACAGAGGUUUAAUUUUGAUGGGUCGGAUCAGUAUGGUGACGGGUCGGAUCCGGGUGGGUUUAGGGGAAGUGGGUUUAACAUGGAACCAGCUAGGAAGAAAAGAGGACGCCCCAGAAAGUAUUCUCCGUCGCCGGAUGGUAACAUUGCUCUUGGUUUAGCUCCGGCGCCGGCGGUGGUGUCCGCCGGAGCUAGUGGUGGUGGGAAUUUGGAGAGUUUGAAUGAUGGUGGUGGUGCGGGUGGCAAUACUCCGAAUACGGAUUCGGGUGCGAAGAAACACCGAGGAAGGCCUCCGGGUUCCGGGAAGAAACAGAUGGACGCUUUAGGUGCGGCUGGUGUUGGUUUUACGCCUCAUGUCAUUACAGUUAAAGCAGGAGAGGAUAUAGCCUCGAAAAUCACAGCGUUCUCACAGCAAGGUCCUCGUACAGUUUGUAUUCUGUCUGCAAAUGGUGCUAUCAGCAACGUAACUCUUCGUCAGCCGGCAAUGUCCAGUGGCACUGUUACAUAUGAGGGUCGUUUUGAGAUAAUAUCUUUGUCGGGUUCCUAUAUGCUCGCAGACAGUAAUGGUAACCCCAGCAACAGAUCGAGUGGAUUGAGCAUCUCUCUUGCAGGUUCCGAUGGACGUGUUUUAGGCGGUGGAGUAGCUGGUUCGCUAGUUGCAGCAACGCCUAUACAGGUGGUUGUUGGUAGCUUCAUUACCGAUGUCAAAAAACCAAAAUCUAGUAGCGGUCCAACGUCUGCACCACCUGCAAACAUGUUAAAUUUUGGUGGUGGAUCCGUUCCGGGUGCUAGUCCACCAUCUGACGGCCCAUCAAGUGAGUCAUCCGAUGACAGUGGUAGUAGCCCACUUCACCGGCCCUCAGCUUCCUACAACAAUGCUAACCAACAGCCCCCACCACAGAUGCCUAUGUAUUCCAAUAUGGGCUGGCCAAACAACACCAUGAACAUGCUCCGCAAUUGAUGACUUUGUUGGCUAAUUAUGUGGAAUUUGUUGGGUUGGAGUAAUUUAGGUUCUUGAUCUUUGUAUGAUGCUUUCGACGAUUUGUAGAAAUAAUUUAGGAAUCAGAUUGGAUGUAUUUGUAGUCGUAGAGUAACCAUUUAGGACUAAUCUUGAUGCGCAUGUUCUAAUAUGUAUCUGAGUUGUAUCUUUUUUUUUUUUUUGUAUUGAAAUUACGGGUGUAUUUGGUUCAUGAAGGAACAUGUCGACUCAAAAUUGCUUA